AUGGCGGAGUACGAUGAGCGUGGCAACUGUGCGUCAAAUAUGUAUUUACCGAGUUGUACAUAUUACGUUUCGGCGCCUGAUUUUUCUUCAGUCUCCUCGUUUUUACCCCAGACUACUUCGUGUCAAAUAAAUUUUCCUUAUUCUUCCAACAUAGCUCAAGUCCAACCUGUUCGAGAAGUGUCUUUCAGAGACUAUGGACUGGAUCACUCAAACAAAUGGCAUUACAGGGGCAAUUACGCUUCUUACUACUCAACGGACGAGAUAAUGCACCGAGACUUAAUCCAGUCGUCGAACAGGGCGGAAAUGAUAUUCAAAAAUGAUUCCUUGUACGGCCAUCACGGCGGUACGAGCUCGCCAUGCAAUUUCUUCACAAAUGUCGGCCGAAAUGGGGUUCUUCCACAAGGGUUCGAUCAGUUCUUAGAGACUGUUAACUCUGAGAAGCCCAACCCUGACGACUCAAAACAAAAGACACACUCCAGUCUCCCCGGAGAUGCUGCGUGUAAUAAACAGACUUCAGAUAGGCCUACAUCUGAGGAGUCUAAACGAGACCCAACUGAGGACAUGGACGAAGAUGAUUAUUCGAUAUCAAACUGCGCUGGGGACAAGAACAACGGCCCAAGUUCUUCAAAGUCCAGAAAAAAGAGAUGCCCCUACUCCAAAUACCAGAUCCGAGAACUUGAACGAGAAUUCUUUUUCAAUGUGUACAUAAACAAGGAGAAGCGGCUCCAGUUGUCAAGGAUGUUAAACCUGACAGAUCGACAAGUGAAGAUUUGGUUCCAGAACAGAAGAAUGAAAGAGAAAAAGCUCAACCGGGACCGGCUUCAGUAUUUCACUGGGAAUCCCUUAUUCUGAACCCUACGCAUUUGGAGUCAAUAGUUGCUAAAUGCUUCACAACAUAUUGAAUAAAGAG